GGCCAGGAAACCACGUUCGUAUUUAUUGUGUGGACUCAACACCGUUUUUCUUUUGGCACUAUUGUGCCACAUUUUACAAGGGUGACUCCUCAACACGUGUAGUUUUAUUCAUGCAGUCUAAAAAUUGAACAGCGCGAACUACAAACAUGGAGGAGGAGACACCGGAGGAGCUACUGACCAAGAAGCACCGCAGAGAGAAAAAGGACCUGCAGGCUAAAAUCCAGAGUAUGAAAAGCGUAGUCCCCAAAAACGACAAGAAGAGAAGGAAGCAGCUAUCAGACGAGAUCGCAAAGCUAGAAGCUGACCUCAGUGAGAGACACGAGGAGGAAAUCAGGCAGCUCAUAUCUACAACUGGCACGAAAGUGGAGGAAGUGUUGAAUGGUUUGGAGACCCUGAAAGUGGAAGGCGGAGAAGAAGAGGUCAAACAGCCACGAGUAACUAAAGCACAGAAGCGAAGGGACAAGAAGGCCACACAGGAGAAGGAAAGGGAGAGCAGGAUUGCAGAGGCGGAGGUCCAAAACCUGCAGGGCGUGAGGCACCAGGAGGGUUUAAAGCUGGCUCAGAAACUCGCCCAGCAACAGCUUCAGAUCAAGGAGAUUUCUUCUGACGGCCACUGCAUGUACCGAGCCGUCGAAGACCAGCUGGCACAGCGAUCAAAGCCUGGGUUGUCAAUGAGUGUGAAGGAACUCCGGUCCCGUACCGCUGAGCACAUGAGAAACAAUCCUGAUGACUUCCUGCCUUUUCUUACCAACCCCAACACUGGUGACCUGUUCACUACAGAUGAGUUUGAGAAAUACUGCAGUGAUGUGGAGCACACAGCAGCUUGGGGCGGGCAGCUGGAACUUCGAGCUUUGACCCACAUUCUACAUUUACCAGUAGAAGUGAUCCAGGCCGACUCCCCGACCUUAAAGAUUGGGGAAGAAUAUGACGGUGAAACCAUCACUCUUGUAUACAUGCGUCAUGCCUAUGGUCUCGGUGAGCACUACAACGGUGUGGAGCCACUACAGGAGCCGAGCAGUGCUGAGGACGUGUGACAGUAUGAAUACCGAGGAGCGCUCAGGCUUCUCACAGAAAGGACUCUUAAGUACCAGCUUGUUAUGAAGCUGAUCCUAUUGUCAGAGACACAAACUUAAAGACUGCGUCUUUGUUUGGAUGGAUAAAUAAAGUGCAACGUUUCUGUUCUGAAGUUAAAAUAAA